AAAUAAAACAAAAUACCAAUGGCGUGAAGGGAAGACCAGCUCGUCGUCAUGAGACGAGGCGGCAGUGAGUCCCCGGAUGGAGAAAUAAACAAGACGAGCGUGUAAGGAGACUCGGAGGCGCGUGACGACGAGCCUGAUGUGCACCUGCAUCCAAAAACAAGCGAAGACGCCCGUGUCGUCGUGUACUACCUUUCCCGGAGAAGAUGCGCACGCACUCCUUCACACUUCUUGCAGCGCUGGCUGGGAACAAUCGCUUCUUCCCUCCAAGCUCUGAGUAAAGCGUAGAAGAAGUUGCGCGUCUCCUCCUGCUUGGCAACCGAGAAUUGCAGGAUACCACGUACUGUUAGAAGUGACCUGUUCUCUUCAACACAAGACUGCGGCGCCUACUUUUUCCUGGAAAGGACCAACGGCAAUAGCUUCUCACACAUCCCUCAGAAUCAGAGACGACGACCGAAGAAAAAUACAUGAAAGAAAAGCUGGCCGGAGCGACCGAGGCGAUGGGUAACAAGAACACCGGGCCCCCGAAAGGUCCCGAUACUGCAACUCACCAGGAGGAUGACACAGGAAGUGUCUCCAGAUAUGGAGCGUCGAGCCUCAGCCCAGAGCUGCUGGCCUCUCUACAGUCUCUUGGAGAAAACACUGACUACACACUACUGCCACACUCGCUCCACCAGAUCGCAGAAGUCUGCUCACUCCAAGAGGACUACCAGUUGGCCAUCCAGCUUCUCCAGCUAGAGAAGCUCUACCAUGAACGUGUGCUCUUCAACCUCACUGUCCUGCAGGAGAACUGGGAGAGCCGCUGCAAAGAGAAGGACGCUGAGAAGCGCUCGCCUGCCGAAACCGACAACAUCGGUCAAAAACACAUCGAGACGCUGAGGCACAUCUGCGGGACACACCUCAAACCAUCCCUGGGUGAGCAUAUAACGCGAAUAGACAUAGGAAGACAAAGCAAGAAAGAGACGCCCCAUCGGGGAAAAGAUAACGAAGAGAUGGAAUCGGGCUAUCUUCCGUCGAAAGCAUGCAACCCUGAAACAACAAAGGAAGAUGUCGAAGAAGCGGGAAGAAUGAAGUCCAAGUCGGGUCCUCCUAAGCAGCCUAAACAUAGUCUGUCCCCCGAUGGUCUGGUCUCCAUUCUGAAGAGGAGGAGAGCAUCCCUGGAUGGACUGCCGCCCCCGAGCAACGCAGACAACAAGAUGAACGCCAAACGCAAAGUCCGCUUCAGUGAACCGGAAGACGGCAUCGAUCAAGACGAGGUGGGCGGAGACUCCUGCUUGAUCCUGGUCCUGCUGUGUCUGAUUACCGUGGUGAUCAGCAUAGGCGGGACCGCGCUCUACUGCUCCUUGGUGGACACGUCGUCCAACAUUUGCACCGACUUCACUCGCAACGUCGACUUCUUCGUGACAAACGUGCGGAGUUUCUUCCGAGGUUUUGGACACUGGCUGCCUCACGGGACAUAA